AGUAGAGUACACGAGCGCGGCGAAGCAGUCGCGUUAAUCGACCGUUCGAUAUUCGAACCACUAGUGCCUAAAAGGGAUGUGCCUUCAGUGUCUGUGCUAAAGUAGUGAUAAUAGCGAAUUUAUAGUUAAAAAAAACAAAGUGUACUUCUGUGUUCGUGUUUUUGUGUUUAUCGAGGAAUCACAGCACUAUGGAGCUAAGGAGGUUAUCACUUUGCCUAGCAUUAUUCAUGCUGGCAAUCAUCAUGCAACGCUCAGAUGCCCAUUCGAUGCGCAAGCGUGACGCCGAUGAUGCCUACGAAGGCCUAAUGGGAGAUGAAGCAAAUGAUGAUGAGACUCAGAACGAUGCGGAAGGCGGCAAUGAUCCAGAAGAAGAGGAAAGUAUACUAGCUGUAAUCCAAACUCUACCAACGGUGUACAAUGUUACUGUGGGCAAAACUAUACGACUGGAAUGCAGAGUAGAGCCAGCAGACGGUCCUGUCAUCCAGUGGAGCAGAAACAAACAACCCUUAUUCAUGGGUCAUUUGCCGAUGAUAUCAAAGGGCAUAGAAAGAUUUUCAAUUGCUCCAAACUCAAACGAUCUUCUGAUUAGCGAUGUGAAGCCCUCGGACAGUGACGUGUACAAUUGUUCAGUGUUGCAAAAUCCACCUGUAGAAAUUGAGCACACUUUGUCGGUGCAUGAAGCCCCAAGGAUAGUCAGAUUCUCUGCAUCGGAUAACGGUACUGUGGUGGAAGGAUCGGAUCUUCUGCUCACUUGUGACGUCGCUGGCUCUCCACCACCACAAAUCAUGUGGUCUAAGGAGACAGAUGCUGGUAAUGUGCGCCUACAAGAAACAGACGGCAAUUUUUCGCUAAAUAGUGUGUUUAUACAAAAUAUCAAACGCGAGCAAGCUGGCAAGUACUAUUGCUACGCCAUCAAUGGUGUCGGAAAUGCACAGGCGGAACUCACAGUUAAAGUAUUGCAUAAGCCGCAAGUACGCGUUCACCAUACUGUUAUUAAUUCAGCUGUACAAGUAGAGGCUGUGCUACAAUGCUCCGCUCAUGGGGAACCAACUCCUUCCAUCUCGUGGUAUAAAGACGGUAGCCUAGUAGACUCUGCGUCUCAGCAGUACGUCAUCACCAGAGAUGGACCCCACUCUAACCUCACUGUUGUGCCACAAAUGGACCAGGACUUCGGAACAUUCACCUGUGUCGCGAGGAACAACCACGGCAAACACAACAAGUCGAUCGAGCUAGUGCAGAGGCCUGUUGUCGAAGAAUUGGACGUGGUUGGUAACAAACUCACCUGGAAGGUGCACUCACAUCAACCACUGGAAACGAUAGAAUUGCAACUCCGAGAUAUGGCCAUGGGCAACUUGACUGUUCUGACGAUCCCGGUACCAACGUCCAAGGGCCAUGAGUACGAGGUGACGUACGUCCUAGAUAACCUGACCCCUGCCAAGUACGAGGCUGUGGUCAAAGCCAAGAACACUAAGGAGUGGAGCCGGAACAGCGACCCGAUGGUUGUUGAAUACGAAGCGCAGCCAAUGUACAUCCAACAUGCUUCAGUGUUGGGUGGGAAUUCACAUUCCGUAAGGCCAUCCACAGUUCUCCUCUCGACGGUCUUCAUGUACCUACUCGUACGAAUGUUCUAAUUAACGACUAGCAUACUUAUUUAUUUGUUAGUUAACCAAGUAUUUGUGUUAGAAUGAGAUAGAACACUUGUACCUUUCGAUGUAUCGGAAACUACGCUUUCGAAUGUAGAACUUUGCAAAUGGUGGUAUUUUAUGUCUGAUUUUUUUUUUUUUUUUAAAUAUCUCUACAUUUUUUGUUAAAAAGCAACCGCUUAAAACCUUUUUUGGCUAGUCUUAUAAAAAUAGUGAUUUUUGAGAACCGUUUGUGUGCAAAUUUUUGCUUUAUUUAAAAGAUAAUUUCGGUGGAGAUAUUUAAACACUUUUAUUAGGGAUUUUAGCACAUUAUCGGAUAAAUUCACG